AUGGCUUUGAGAAUUCAUCUUUUUUGUCCAAAUGCUUUCCCUUCACAAUCCCCAAACUUCAAAACCUGUUGGAUCCCUUCUAUGAAGGAUCCACCCAAGUUUCAAAAACUCUGCUGCACCAACAACCAAGACAUGAGUGAUUCAAAACUGGCCUUAGAUUUUGCAACAGAGGUCGGAAAGAUGAACACCCACGUGUUACAGAAAACGGAAGCAUUGAAGAAAAGCAAAAAGCUUUUAUUCAUGGAGUUCUGCAAUUAUAAUGGCUUGAAAUCAGAGGAAAUGAAGAUGAAAUGGAAGAAAAUUAGUGAAGAGGAAAAGUGGGUUUUGAUUAAGAGUUUUGUUGUAGAAUGGGGUGCUCAUUUUCAUCCGUUGUCUGCUAGGUCUGUGAAAGAAUUGGUUGAUGAGUACUUAGUUGAAAAUACUACUGAGUUUACUUCUUCUUCUACUUCUUUUUUUCCUGGUCUCAAAAAAUUGAUGGGAUUUCCACCUGAUGAUAAUGAAUAG